UGUGUGUGUAAGGACAGCAGCACGAACAGCAGCACGAGCAGCGGCAGAAGCGCGCGUCUCUCUCUCUCUCUCUCUCUCUCUCUCACACACUUCUUCACACACUCCCUCUCUCUUACACACACACUCUCACAGCACACACACUGGCAUUUCUCUCCGAAGCCUCGGGAGCGCACCACGUUUGUGCGCGAGCGCGCCUCGGUUCCGACGCACGGGAACGCGGUUUUUGCAGAUUUUGUUUCCAGCGCGAGCGGCAGAAGCAGAAGUUUGUUUCUUUUUGUUUUGUUUUGUUUUGUUUUGUUUUGUUGAGCAGGACAUCUCCGGUCUGCCCCGUUCUUCAUCUCCACAUGGAUUCCAUGCUGCUGUUCUUCUUCUCCUUCUUCUUCUCCUCCUCGUCAUUCUUCUCCUGCACGGCGUCUGUGAUCGGCCACUUCUCCACGGAAUGCUACACGGUAAACGGUGAGGACUACCGAGGUCGGCAGAACCAGACGAGUCUUCACGGAGGAAAGCCCUGUCUUUUCUGGAACGAGACGUUCCAGCAUCCGUACAGCACGCUGAAAUAUCCGAACGGAGAAGGAGGACUGGGAGCUCACAACUUUUGCAGGAACCCAGACGGAGAUGUUCAGCCAUGGUGCUACAUCUCAGAACAAGAAGACGGGACGUACUGGAAGUUCUGCGAGAUUCCGAGCUGUCAGAUGCCUGGGAUUCUCGGUUGCUUCAAGGAUAACGGUGAUCCUCCUCCUCUCUCGAAGAGCUACCAGACGUCUCAGAAGCUCACGGUGCAGAGCUGCAUCAGCCUCUGUCGAAACCAGAGGUACAAGCUCGCCGGAAUGGAGGCGGGUUACGCGUGUUUCUGCGGCAAUGAGCUCGACUAUCAUCUCCAUGACGACGCCCCCAGUUUGGAGUGCAGUCACGGGUGCUUCGGCGACCAACAGCAGCCGUGCGGAGGAGACGGACACGUCAUCGUCUUCGACACCAAAGUGGGAGCUUGUGGUGGAAACUACACGGCUGAAUCCGCCGUAAUUUACUCGCCGGAUUUUCCAGACAAAUACGCACCGGGUCGCGUCUGCUACUGGACCAUCCAGGUCCCAGGUGCCUCGGUCAUCCUCUUUAACUUCACUUUCUUCAACAUCAUGGACCAGGCGGAUAUGGUCGAGCUGCUGGACGGUUACACCAAUCAGGUGGUGGCGAGGUUUGAUGGGCGUAACCCGCCACGGCAAUUUGUUAACAUGAGCACCGACUUUGUAAUCCUGUAUUUCUACUCGGACAGGACCAACGAGGCCCAGGGGUUCUCCAUGGUCUAUCAAGCGUACAGAGGACAGAGCGGCAGGUCUGCAGAAAGCAGCGUUGACGACGAUAUCCAAGAGACCACCAGUACCGUAGAUCCACAAUUCGGCAGUGUCACUGAGAGAUCAAACACCAGCAAGACCGACAAGUCCUCUCAGAUCCUCUAUCUGAUUACAUCCAGUCCCAAAAAGUCGGAAAACGAAAUGCCAGGUCAGUGGCUCGGCCGGGGCCGGACCGCUGCUCACAACACCCUGUGGACCAUCUACGCUCUGGCUGCUCUGCUUACACUCACCGUGAUAGCGAUGGUGGCGAAGCUGGUUCUGCACGUUACAGUAAAGUCUCCCACCAUUCCCUCGACGAUGAGUGGUUCAGACUCGUGUUCGCAGAGCACCACCUCAGAGCCGUGGAUCAUCUUCUACAGACCCUCCACCAUUUCGCUCUUUAAAAAGAAGCUCAAAAACCAUCAUGGUGACCUCAGCCCUCUGGUUGGCAACUAACUGCAAACACACACAUUCACACACACACACACACACACACACAUACACACACACACACACACACACACACACACACACACACACACACACACACACACACACACACACAACCUCUACUGGACAGCAGGUAGCAAACACAGUGGAGCACCUGAUGAGGAACUGGACGUCAAGUGACAGCCAAUCAGAUGGUGCCAUGUGGAGGGAAGGGGGCGUGGCUCAUACAGGACCACGACAAUGGAUCGCUGGAGAAAUUGUGGGAAAAAACACAGUUUCUCGCCUGAGUUUUUUUUUGAGAGGAUAGAGAGACGAUGAUGAUUCCAGAUAAGGAUCGUUGGUUCAAAAGCAAGACAGAAAGGCAGAACGUUCUGUCACGUGUACGUCUCACGUAACCGACUCGACGCCAACGCAGACAAUCAGCCUUUUCCAGCUCACACCAAAACCAGAUUCUGUUUCAGGCCCCAUGUUCACCUCAGACUUCAUGUAGGUCAUGUCUGGUGUGAAACAGGAGUACACUUUCUCCAGCCCCAUCUUUCCUGCCGCAGCAAACAAAAGAGAGAACGAGUCGCUCUGUGUGUGUGUGUGUGUGUGUGUGUGUGUGUGUGUGUGUGUGUGUGUGUGUGUGUGUGUAAAUCUGCCAUCGCUACAGCUCGGGCCUUGUUCCAAACAAACUGGCAUUUCACGUUCCUUCUGGACCUUCUGUAAACAGAUUUUCAGUAUUUCUGUGUGUGUGUGUGUGUGUGUGUGUGUGUGUGUGCGCGCACGUCUGGUGUCUGUAAGUGCCUUAAGGCUUGGAAAACUGUUUGUGUGUACAUUUUUGUUCGUUCUUUUUCUUCCCACAGAGCUGUCUUUAAACGAGAUGAAAGAUACACAAGUUUCCCAUUACGGCGAACGCAGUCGAUCAGCCAAGACGUGUUUGUUUCCUGAAGAUUGCUUUUGUGUGUGUGUGUGUGUGUGUGUGUGUGUGUGUGUGUGUGUGUGUGUGUGUGUGUGUUUGGGGUGUGUCUGCUACGAGGCUAAUACGGGUUUAGCAACGUAGGUUUGUUUAUGUGGAUUUUUGUGGGAUAUGUGUAUAAAAAAAAAAAACCAAACAAAAAAGGAAUGGAUGUGUCAAAAAGAACAGAUGUUUCUGGCACUCAGCGAAUUUGGUUAGCGGGUCUCGAGUGACACGCUAGUUUUUGGCUUUUCUGAAAGUGUCCGACACCUCUGAGGUAAAAGUUGUUGUCCCUGACAUUUUAUUGUCAUUUUUACUGCCGUUACACGUUUACGUUACCCAAUAGCUGUAUGCUAGAAUGAGAAACUAUUAGCCUUUGUUGCUAACUAGUGUCUACGAUUGGUUGGAUGUAUUUUACUACACUAUAGGGACGAAAGUAUCAGGACACCUGACUUUUCCAGCCAUUUUACCCAAACUGUUGGCAUGAAAUUUUCCCUUCAAUUAAACCAAACCCUGUUCCAGUAUAACAAUGCAGCUGUGCACAAAACCAGCUUCAUGAAUAUACAUGGGUUGGAGUGAAAGAUCUUCUGCUAUAAAGCUCUGACCUCAAUCUUACUGAACAGUAAAUUCCUACAUUAGUUCCUGACUUUACUAAAACCCUUGUGCCUGAAAGAAUCUCCACAACAAUUGUAACAGCAAAUGUGGACUAAAUGUGGAGUAGGAUGUUCAAAAAAGAGGCAGUUUUAUGAUUGGGUGUCCAAAGAUUUUGGCCGUAUAGCAUACUUAAACUGAUAAGUUAAUCAUUCAUUUGUGACAUUGUUCGAACACAUCUGAGGUAAAUGUUUAUAGUACUAGAGAAAGCUCUGGUAAAAACAGAACUCUUAGCUUUAUGCUAGCUGGAGUAUGAAUGAUUAUAACUAGUUUUAGCAACCGAAAUAAGUGAAAACAGUAAACACGUCUUGGCUAAUCGACUAUGCUCACGAUCAACAAUAUUCAUUUUGUACUUUUUCUCAGCUUCGUUGCUUCACCGUCUUGCGCUAAUAGCCUGCACGUGGGAGCGAGGAAAAGUGGUGCAUUCUCGUGAAAACAAUCCUUUCUUUCUCCUCCUCCUCCUCUUCAUCCUCCUCCUUCCUCUGGUCCCUGGCUCUGCGACGUCACGUCGACUCUCACAUUCUUCGACUUUAUUAGAAUCGGAGCUGUUGUUCUUGCGUUAACUACAGUGCUGCCACCCGGAGUGUCGGGGGUCAGGACACCAAAUUCUGUCUAGUCACGUUAAACAUUGUGAACGUGCCAAAGCGCUUACUACUGUACCAAACGAGGCCAAAAUGUGGUUUCUGCUUUUGUGAGUCGAGUGGACUGACAUUUUAUAUGCGUCAUGACGUUGUGUUAAACGCUAUUCCAGUUAUUUAUUUUUCUAUAAAACGAGAUAGUUUGGAUAGCUUAAAUUCAACAGGCCUUUUGGCUAAAUAUUAGCAUGAACAAUGCUAAGCUGGUAGUCUUAUUCUUAGCUGUUAUGAAAAGGCCACACAUUUUCACUACACCAUUUACAAUUAUCUUAUUUUAUCUUCAUGCGCUUAUAUGCUAACCAGUUGCCCAGCAACAGUGUUCUUACAACUUGUAUGCAGAACAUACACUAUACAGACAAAAGUAUUGGGACACCUGACUUUUCCUGCGUAUAUGCGGUACAAUACGUUGGAACGAUGUCGGGAUGUACAGCAGUCGACAGAGUUCAGUUGUCUCUGGGAUAGAGCGCGUAUUUUUUUUUGUGUUAUUGGUGUUUUAAAGCCCAAUUUUAGCUCUUGUCUCUCUCCUUUUUAUCAUUGCCGCCGGACAAUGAAACAGCGCGUCCUGCUCCAGCCUCCACUCGCGAACUAGCACUUGUCUAGGCACACACUGCCACAAACAUUUACUGUAAAGUUUAUACUUUACGGUAGCGUAAAUUGCUUUGUUUUGCUAAAUUACGUACUGUAAUGUGUUAAAUUAUUUGAAAAAAAAAUGUAUAUACUGUACUACCCAAUACUGAUCAUUCUUUAAGACUCCUCGGUAGGCUAGGCCAUGUCUCGACUUUUCAUGUU